AUGUGUACGGGCGACGCUCUUGCCGGUCCUGGCAUCCAAGCUGCCUAUACGAACCAAGCUCCGGAUAUACAAGAUGUAUAUCCGGACUAUCAUCACCUACGCUGCACCGGCCUGGUACGCACUUCUGAGCGACCCUCUGAGGCGGCGACUGCAGGCCCAGCAGAACCUGACAUUAAGGACGAUCGUCGGAGCAGGUCGCUACGUCCUGAAUGA